GCGUGCUUCCAAAAGAGGACGCAAUUUCCCCUUACGGUGCAGAUGCGACACAGUGAAGAAGUUGACGGGCGUGUGUGAUGUUUUUGCCCUCAACCUGUUUUACGAGGAAGGCUUUCUUGUCCAUCACCGACGUGUUUUAGUUUCUAUCAAAGAUGACGAGUCUCGUGACGAAAACACGUUCACUGUAAUGACAAGAAGAGCGAGAAAGUUGUUUCCACAGUUUCUGACGCAGGUUCCUCCCACUUCCUCCGCCGGGACAGAUGUCAGCGAUGCUGGGCGCGAGCAUCUUGCGCCGAAGCUUCUCUACCCACCGCCUCAGUAAAAAUGUCACCUUCUACAUGACAGAGAACGUCAAGCCUGCGCCGGGGGCUCACGGCUGCGGGGACCAUAAACCUCUGACGCUCAUGCUGCCGUGGUUGGGGGCACGUCCCCAAGCUGUGGCCAAAUACUGUGAACUCUACCUCCGCACGGGCUUCGAUGUGCUCGUAGUUGAGAGUGAGGUACAAGAAUUCCUGUGGCCUCGCUGGAGUUUGCAGCACGGGAAGAAGCUGCUGGAUCUGUUGCACAGCGAGCGCUUCGCGUCCCGGCCGCUGCUCGUCCACGCCUUCUCCAUCGGCGGCUUUACUUUCUCGCAGCUGCUGGUCCUGGUGUCCGAGGACCCGCAGAAAUACGAGGCGCUCGCCGCGAGGAUCAAAGGGCAGAUCUACGACAGCCUGGUGGUGGGCUCCGUGGAGUUGAUGGCCUCAGGUGUGGCCAAGAUCGCGUUUCCUCGCUGGGAGAUCCCAGUGAAACACAUGAGCCUGUUCUACUUCAACACGUUCAAGCGCCAAACCGUCGACUACUACAACAAGAGCAUCAACGUGUUCUGGAACUCUCCCGUCACCGCCCCUGCGCUCUUCUUCUACUGCGACAAUGACCCGCUGAGCAACCCGACGGCGCUGGAGGAGGUCGUCAACUUCUGGCGGGGGCGCGGCGUGGUGCUUACCGCCAAGAAGUGGGAGCACUCCAAACACGCCGGCCACCUGAAGAUGCACCCGCAGGAAUACGUGGACACUCUGGAAUCGUUUCUCCACUCACUCCACAUGGUUCCGCUCAAGGCCAAGAUGUAGCAGUAAAAAAAUAACGACUUAUUUCAAAGUUAAGUCUAAGUACUGUGAUUAACUUGUGCCUAACUUCUCAGGUUAUAACCAGAUGAGUUGACGUAUUUAUUUUGAAUUUGAAAUGCAAAAUGAAGUUCCAGUAAUUUCUGUGUUCGGGUGCUACGCUGUAUCGCUAUCAACGAGAAAUACUUUUGAGACACAAAGUCUUGAUCUUGCCUUGCGAGUCUGCCUCUUAGUUUUGAAAAGCUGGAUUCACAUCCAAUCUCGCCUGUCUGGCGUUUGUUUGUUCUCCGGUGCCUGUGUGCGUUUUCGUCAGGUGCUCCAGUUAACUCGCACUUUCCAACGACUUCUUGUUGACAUUGCGGUCCUUCAGUUGCCUGUAAAUCUGCAUGUGAGUGCAAAUCAUAGUUUGUGUUUAUGUAUGCUGUGGUUGGAUGGUGACCAGUUCAGGGUGUACGCUGCCUUUCUCCCGAAGUUUGCUGGGAUUGGCUCCAGCACACCCGCUGACCCACGUAAGGACGCAUGUUACAGUCUUGAUCUUAAAAGAAGAAAACUGGAUUUUCUCAAGACGGCGAUAGAUUUUAAUGGGGGUGAUGGAAAGUUGUCUGUUUUCCCAAGAAAAGCUUUUUUUUUUUUUUUUUUUAAAGGAAAAA